CCCACCCACCCACCCACACCCCCAACACACACACACACUAUAACAAUAACGACCCUCAUUUCUUUUUCUUUCAUCCCUCCAUUAAUCUCUCUGCCGGCUCCACCCAUCUCUCGUUUUAUAUUUUAUUACUUUUUUUUCCAUUUGCUUGCUUUAUAUGUCCACUUUCAUGACCCAGUCCCAUUUCCUUGUAAUCUGACGUCUCUCUUGUUUGUUUAACGGUUGUUGCUCCAUUUAUUCCAUUCAUUCCCAGUUUAAUGGCGAAGAAGAAGAAUGCGUCAUUAAGUGAAACUAAACCGGUUAUUGUUAAACCUAAGAGAACACGUAAAACGGUUCAGAGAGAUUCGCCCCCACAACGCAGCUCCAUCUACAGGGGCGUCACCAGGCAUCGAUGGACCGGUCGAUAUGAAGCUCAUUUAUGGGAUAAGAAUUGCUGGAAUGAAUCACAAAACAAAAAAGGACGACAAGUAUAUUUAGGGGCUUACGACGAUGAGAAAGCCGCUGCACAUGCAUAUGACUUGGCAGCAUUGAAGUAUUGGGGACAAGACACCAUACUCAAUUUUCCUCUUGGAACAUACAAAGACAAGCUUCAAGAAAUGGAAAGUUUGUCAAAAGAGGAGUAUAUCGGAUCUCUAAGAAGAAAAAGUAGCGGAUUUUCGCGAGGAGUUUCGAAAUAUAGAGGUGUAGCAAGGCAUCAUCAUAAUGGUAGGUGGGAGGCUCGUAUAGGACGUGUUUUCGGCAAUAAAUAUCUUUAUCUUGGAACAUUCGCUACUCAAGAAGAAGCUGCCACAGCAUAUGACCUGGCAGCAAUACAGUACCGAGGAAUUAACGCCGUUACAAACUUUGACCUCAGCCGUUAUAUCAACAACCACAAAACAGAUUCCAACAACAAUUCAAAUUCAAACGGUAUUCAAACCAACUUUGGCGCCAACGUUAGUCAAGAUCCAGAAUUAAGCUCCUGUUACAACAACGAAAGUUCAAGCUCCGGCGAAACAACCACCAGCGUACUACGCGGUUCUUCCGCCUUAGGGUUACUAUUGCAGUCAACAAAAUAUAAGGAAAUGCUUGAGAGGAACUCGCCGAAUGAUUCAUCGUCGCCAACGAUGGAGUCAGAUCUGCCGCGGCGGAGCUUUCCUGAUGACAUACAGACGUAUUUCGACUGUCAUGAAUCGAGUAGCUAUGCGGAGGGCGAAGAUAGUAUUUUUGCUGAUUUAACGGCGCCUAUGUUGUUCCAGUCUGAGCUUGAUGCUUAAGAGUGAUAACCGUUUUUUGAAUAGUGGCCGGAGUAGCUUCGAUGACUAUUACUAUUAGAGUUGGAUGGUAUGACAUCUUUACUAGAUUAGAGUUUUGUUAUUCAUUUUUCUUCUCAUAUUAAGAGUUAUUAGUAAUUGUAGAUAUACUCUUAUGGCAUAGACAUUCAUUUAUUUCUAUAUUUGUUUCCUUCUUUUUCUUGAAAAGGAGUAUUAAUAAAAAUGUUAGAAAGAUUACUGAUUA